AACGGAUCUGACUUUGUUUGCUUGCUUCAGAGCAAUGGCUGAAAGAGCAGCCUCACCGACAGAGCAUGCGCCUGUGGUUGAUGAACAGGGCUUAGCACAGAGGAUCCAACAAGUCUUCGAUCGAUUUGAUAAAGAUGGUGGUGGAUCACUUGACCGGAGUGAGCUGUUGUCGGUGUUCAAGACACUUUGUCCUAACUUCACCUCCAAGCAGGUCACACAGUUUGUGCACGAACUGGAUCGAGGCGGUGAUGGGUCGGUUUCUCAUUCCGAAUUCAUUGCUUGGAUCAAAAAUGGAAGUGGUGCAGCCACUGAAGUUUACCAAAUGAUUCUCAAAGAAACUGGGGAUGCAAUGUCUGCUCGUGUCAGAGAAGUCUUCCAGAGGUUUGACUCAGAUGGCGGUGGAUAUUUAGACAGAGAUGAACUCGCACGAGUUUUCCGGAUGCUGAACUCAGAUUUUACAUUCAAAGACAUUGACGCCUUGUGCAAGGAUCUGGACAGAGGUGGAGAUGGAAAGGUAUCUCAUAAAGAAUUCCUACAUUGGCUGAAGAAGGGCAACGAACUGACACAGGCAGUUAGCAGAGCAAUCUUGAGGGAAACUGGUGAGGCAAGGGAUGAGCGCAUCAAAAAGGCCUUUCAAACCUAUGAUGCAACUGGUGAUGGAUCGUUGAACAUCGAGGAAUUGCGAAAAGCACUCAAGGUGCUUGGAACCUUUUCAGAGGAUGAAGUCAAGAAAAUUUGCGCAGACCUGGACAAGAGCAAGGACGGCGAAGUCUCAUAUGCUGAGUUUGCAGCCUGGAUCAAAUCCGGCCAUGGGCCAAGAGAAGCCAUGAAAGCAAAGGCCAUUUUGGCUCCGGCAGAUAAUGACGGCCUCGAAGCUGUUUUUUACAACUUCUGCGGAGUUGGUCAUUCUGAUAUGGAUGGGAAAGGUUUCAAGAAGCUGUGCCAAGACUGCAGCCUCAUUGACAAGAAGCUGGACACCACCAGUGUGGAUCUAAUUUUUGCUGACAACCGUGUGAAAGCUCGGGGGACCAACCGGAUCGAUUUCUUUCAGUUUGAAAUCGCAUUGGAGCUUCUGGCAGAGAAGAAAGGCACCAACAAGACCGACGUGCGAGCGGCCAUGAUCCAGCAGGGUGUCCCCAAGACAUCCAAUGCCACCGUGGCUGUGAAGACUCUGAAGGUGGUGAGACCUAAAGACAAUGCAAGGCUCAUCAGCGAAAAGCGCAUUGCGGCUAUCCUUCGAAGGUCUCCACGGGAACUGGGGAAAGAGACAUGGAAAAAGGAGGUGGACAAUACGGAUUUGUGGAAAGUCUUCGGUCUGGACUCAAAAGCAGGUCGCAUACUGAAGCGAGUUUACACCAAUCCUGUACCACAAGUGGACACCAGCCGACUAUUCACUCCAAAUGCUAGCCACAGACUAUCAUCUCCUCCAUCACGAGGAAAGCGCUCUCUUCCGCCAUCAAGAGGAUUUGCAAGUACACAUACAGGCAGCUUCUUUCCACAGCAGGUUCCACAAGACCCUGGUUCUGUGAGUGGUGCAAGCAUGCAACUCCAAUAGCAUGUGUCCCUGCUGCUUCUGAAGUUCUCUUCAGUCCUUCGGGUUUUAAGGAAGCAGAAGGCCGCAGCACAAGAAUCACUCAUUUGGUGAUCGUCCUACUACCACUCAUUGCAGUGAGUCAAUGAUGAAAGCCUCCGUGGUUUCUAGUCCCGAUGGUGCCCAAAGUUAGGCUCUUAGAGACUCUCUCAGAGAGCAGAACACAGGCCUCAAUCGAGGUGUGUAAAUUUCGCUACGUAGGUGAGGAUGUGCGUGAUGCUGGUGUUUGCCGCAUUUAUUUUGCGCGUGGCAAAA